CCGGUCCCGGCCGGCCGCCACCGAAUGGCACCGCGCUUUUGCAGUUUGCUCCAAAAGCCGCCCACCUCAGUUGGAGCCGGGAAAAAAGUUGGCGAAUACCCAAUAAAAAAGACGAACGCGAUCGAUCCGAUCCGACGUGCCCGGAUUCCCACUUCGAUCCUCCCACCUCCUCCUUUCCCCCACUCUCCUGCUCGCUUCGAUCUUCUUCGCCGUCUCGUCUCUCCGAUGGGCUCAGCUUCAGUUGAAGAGAACGGCGUCAGGGAGCACCUGCUGGACGUGGACGGCGGCGAGGGGGAAGGUGCGCCGGCGGCGGUGGCCGGGAUGCCGAAGAUACGGGUGCGCGGGCUGUCGCGGCGGUCGGAGGCGAGCGGCGAGGAGAUCCUUCGCGGGGUCGACCUGGACGUGCCGCGCGGCGUGGUCGUCGGCGUCAUCGGCCCCAGCGGCAGCGGCAAGUCCACGCUGCUCCGCGCGCUCAACCGCCUCUGGGAGCCCGCGCCGGGCGCCGUGCUCCUCGACGGCGUCGACAUCUGCGCCAUCGACGUCCUCGCGCUCCGCCGCAGGGUCGGCAUGCUCUUCCAGCUCCCCGCCAUGUUCGACGGAACCGUGGCUGACAACGUGCGAUACGGGCCACAACUUCGCGGGAAGAAGCUGACCGACGCGGAAGUGCAGAGCCUACUGAGCCUCGCCGACCUCGACCCUGCUCUCUGCUCCCGCCCUGCCUCCGAGCUCUCCGUCGGCCAGGCGCAGCGCGUCGCCUUGGCCCGCACCCUCGCCAACGACCCAGAGGUGCUUCUGCUGGAUGAGCCGACGAGCGCGCUGGACCCGAUCUCGACGCAGAACAUCGAGGAGGCGAUCGUGCGGCUGAAGAAGACGAGGGGGCUCACCACGGUGAUGGUCUCCCACAGCGUCAAGCAGAUCCAGCGCAUCGCCGACCUGGUCUGCCUCGUCGUCGCCGGCGAGGUCGUCGAGGUGCUCCCGCCGUCGGGGCUGUCCGAGGCCAAGCACCCCAUGGCACGCCGCUUCCUCGAGCUAAGCUGAAGACUCCCUCGUCGCCGGAGCCAUCGGUACCUAGAAGAAGUAGGCCCUGAUCCGUUCUGAGAAAUUCGGAUUUGUACUUGUAAUCUAGAGAUGGUCAUGAUGCGUUGCAUGCUGUGUGCACUCUGGUGGAAAUUUUUGGGGUGAGCUGAUCUCAUCUAGUGUUCUAUAUUUCA